AUGGAUCAAAUGAUUCCCGGUGACGGUGGCAGAAACCCUCUCGAGGCUUGGUUCUGGGAGAUGCCCAUUUGCACACGGUGGUGGACAACUGCAACAGUCCUGACAAGCGCGCUGGUCCAAUGCCAGAUGGUGACGCCUUUCCAGCUAUUCUAUAGCGUUCGAACAGUGUUUCAGAAAGGAGAGUACUGGCGGCUACUGACGACAUUUCUGUACUUUGGCCCCUUUUCUCUCGACCUCCUUUUCCAUGUCUACUUCCUCCAACGCUACGCGCGUCUCCUCGAAGAGUCGUCCGGUCGAUCGCCUGCGCACUUCUCCUGGCUUCUUGUUUACUCGACGGCAUUCCUGUUGAUGCUCUCGCCGCUCGUCUCCAUGCCUUUCCUGGGCCACCCCUUGUCAUCGACUUUGGUCUACAUCUGGUCGCGGAGGAACCCAGAGACUAGGCUUAGUUUCCUGGGGUUGAUGGUCUUUACGGCGCCGUACUUGCCGUGGGUGUUGAUGGGUUUCAGCCUGGUUAUGCACGGAACGGUCCCCAAAGACGAGAUCAUGGGUGUGGUUAUUGGCCACAUUUGGUACUUCUUCACAGAUGUGUAUCCUCCGAUGCACAACGGUUCAAGGCCACUCGACCCUCCCAACUGGUGGCGUCGGCUCUUUGAGGGCAGACGGAGAGAGGAACCGGCGACCGUGAUCGACAACGAGUUUGCCGUUGCUGGAGGGCCCGAAUUGGCGGCAGCUGAGAUUCGAUGA